AUGGGUCGGCGGAAGCGGCCCCGCAAUGUGCAGCCGCCGGCGGAGCGAGUCGAUCGAGAGCCUGUAGGCGGAGAAGUCGACGACGACUCCACGACGAUGAGCCCACCAAAGGCGGAGAUUUCGGCGGCCGGCGAGUGCGAGGAGGUGUCGGAGGUCGACGAGGAGGGUAUCGGUAGACUACUGGAGCCGUUCACCAGGGACGAGCUCCUGGACCUCCUGACCGACGCCUGCCUCCGUGACCCUGCCCUCCUCGCUCGCGUCGACGCCUCUGCCGCCUGCGACGCCGCGCAUCGCCGCCUAUUCGUGCACGGCAUCGGCCCCGGCGCCACCUCUGCGGCGCUGGCUGCCGCAUUCGUCCCCUUCGGCGCCCUCGACGAGUGCCACGCCGUUGCCGACCGCGCCACCGGCCGUUGCCGGGGUUACGGCUUCGUCACCUUCCGCCGCCGCUCCGACGCGCGCCGCGCGCUCGCCGAUUCUUCUAAGUGCGUGGACGGCCGGCCCAUCGCCUGCCAACUCGCCUCCCUCGGCCCCGUUGCCCCGGCCUCCUCGUUCUCCGACCGCAAGCUGUUCGUGGACAACGUGCCCGAGCGCGCUGGGCGUGACGACCUGAGGGAGUACUUCUCCAAGUUUGGUGAGAUUGAGGAGGGACCCCUCGGCUCUGACUGCGCCACCGGGCUGUUUCGGGGCUACGCCAUCUUCGUCUACAAGACGCCUGAGGGCCUCAGGAAGGCACUCGAGGAGCCCACCAAGGUGUUCGACGGGUGCGAGCUCCAUUGCCGGCUCGCGCACAGGGUGCGGAAGAGGAAGCAAGCCCCUGCCGCACCCGCGGAAAAUGGUGACCAGAGCAAUGGAGCACCUGUUACCGUGCCCACUGUCCAGUCCGAGGACACUGCAUUGACACCCAAGCUGCCACUUCUUUGCUCGAACCCGCAGAUUCGGCGGACGACGAAGGGGAGUAGCUCAGCCACAGCCACUGUUGCCUUUCGUCGGAAUGCCGCGGCGGCAGGUGGCGUUGGUAUUCUUGGUGCGGGUCCUGUGGCCACUGCUGUUCCCUCUUUGCCGGUUCAGAGCACGACAAGCACGCCUCCAGGUGAAGGUGUAUUGGGGCCUGGUGCAUUGGGUGACACUGCUAGAGCUGGUGCUUCGUCCAUGGUUCCUACAACAAUUGGGGCCAACAAUUCACCAUCAUAUCUCUUCAGGUUCAGGGACCAGGAGCCCUGA